CCUUCGUUGCGGAACCGAAGCUUCUCGGUGAGCUAGGGUUUGGAAGUCUCCACCUCAUCAGCGUGUUCUUUGGCCUCUUCUUCGGGAUAUCCAUUGAUUUUUCUUGAGGAGAUGGUUUAUAUUGGUAGGCAUGGCAUUGCGGCUCUGCACAACUACAAAUAUAGUGGAGUUGACAACUCUAUUGUUGCGAAAUAUGUCUUGCAACCCUUUUGGCGCCGUUGUGUUAAUCUAUUCCCUCUUUGGAUGCCUCCAAAUAUGAUUACACUCAUCGGUUUCAUAUUUCUAGGCAUAUCAGCACUUCUUGGUUAUAUGUAUUCACCUCAGUUAGACAAAGCUCCCCCUCGGUGGGUUCACUUUGCUCAUGGCCUGCUCCUUUUUCUUUACCAGACUUUUGAUGCUGUUGACGGUAAGCAAGCCAGGCGUACAAACUCAUCAAGUCCAUUGGGAGAACUUUUUGACCAUGGUUGUGAUGCUCUUGCUUGUACGUUUGAAGCAUUGGCCUUUGGAAGCACUGCUAUGUGUGGAAGAAUGACAUUCUGGUUUUGGGUUAUAUCAACUGUAACAUUCUACUUUGCAACAUGGGAACACUUUUUCACCAAUACACUUGUUCUUCCUAUAGUAAAUGGGCCCACUGAAGGCCUAAUGUUGAUCUACGGGGGCCAUUUUCUUACAUACUUUUUGGGAGCUGAAUGGUGGGCUCAAGACUUUAGAAAGUCCAUCCCCCUUUUGAGUUGGGUGCCAUUUCUUCCUGAAAUCCCAUUAUAUGAUGUUGUGCUAUUCUUCAUGAUCAUUUUUGGUGUACUUCCUACUAUUUGGUCCAACAUUUGCAACGUCCAUAAAGUUGUCCAGGCAAGAAAAGGAAGCAUGUUGUUGGCUCUAGCAAUGAUCUUUCCUUUUGUUGUGCUCUUGGGUGGAGUGCUUGCCUGGGCACUUUGGUCUCCAUCUGAUAUUAUGCGGAACUAUCCACAUUUACUUAUAGUUGGCACUGGAUUUGCCUUUGGGUUCUUUGUGGGAAGAAUGAUUCUUGCCCACCUAUGUGAUGAACCAAAAGGCUUGAAAACCGGAAUGUGUACGUCUCUAUUGUUUCUUCCUUUUGCCCUUGCAAACACGCUCUCUGCCCGUCUCUUCAAUGGAGUUCCUUUAGUUGACGAACGCAUUAUUCUCCUCCUUUAUUGUGUCUACACAGUGGGGCUUUACAUGCAUCUUGCAACAUCAGUCAUCCAUGAAAUCACUACUGCCCUCGGCAUCCAGUGCUUCAGGAUAACAAGGAAAGAAGCUUAAAUCAGUAAACAGUUACGUCAGGCCCUUUCUGAAUUGCAUACUUGUGAUAUCUAAUGAAGGUCAUGCUAUUGAAGGGUGCUUGCAAAUUCUCUAUGUAAGUAGUAGUUAACUCUAUCUAAUAUCUUUAAGGGUAUUUUGGUAAAUGAGCACAUAGUAUCCAAUGUUUAGAUUUAAUUCCAACCUGUUGUUCACCUGAUUUUAUGCUUUUUCGUUGAUUGUAAAGUGGUUGUGUUGUUUAAUAGUUGUUGUAUUUAUAAGGUAAAUUACCCUUCAAUAUUCAA